CGGAGGGGGAGGACAGAAGCGGUCACUCAAUCAAUCAAACUGUCUCGUUUCGGAAGCAUCGUCACGCCUGAGACGAAGCUUUCGCUUAACCCACCCACCGCGAUUCUUAGCUUCUGCUCCAAUGUCAACGCCGCAAUCGAGUGCCGGGCCCUCGCGACGUCCCGCUGCUCGCAAAAAGGUCAAUGACGAUGCUGCUUACUUUAGUGCCAGCGCAGGUGCAAAGCGACAGGCAGGCGAACGCGCAGAAGGAGAGCCACGAAUGAAGAGAAAGCGCGUGGCAGAAUCCGUCAUGCCUGUUGUACGCAACCUACAACCUGAUGCAGAUGGGCGCAUCACAACCGUCGAUUUCAAGAAACUGAGCAACGCAGAAAUCUUCCGAUACCUGACGCACUUCGAAAUCGCGCCUCCUGUUUUUCCGUCUCCAAUGCUUGCCGACGACCCUCCCCCUCCGUUUUCUUGACAAACCCCCUCGACAUAUGUCGCGUGGUCCGAGCCCAACGCCGUCAAUCACUCCUGCGAACCGACCUCGACGGGACCCUAAAGACCAAUCACGCAGACGUAGUUCGCGCUUGCAGGAGGAGGAAUCACUCUCGAGGGCACCAAUUCUGGCGGACAAGGAGGAGUUUCACGGAGUACUGUGUGCGAUCGCGGAUCGGCAUUUUCGGGAGAUGGCGGCUAUCAAUGGCCGCGAGGAGGUGGAUGCGUUGGUUGCGUUCAUGUGCGCGGUAGAAAAGUACAAGAAUGCGAAGAACGGGACGAUUGUGUGUAAAGUGUAACGGAGUUGUUUAUUAGGAACGCCGCGAUUGUGUUUCGUCUGUGGUUCUAUUUUUGGCGAUCGGUCACCCGGCCGUCCCCGGCACAAGGGCGGGAUCAAGCAAGAUCUGUCUUGAUCGUGUCUGCCGAUUGGACAGAUCACGGAUCGAAGCUUCUACCCAAUAAGAUCUAGUCGUUAGGACGACAGCUCCACCGUGCCUUUAAAGUGCUGCACCCCAUUCUACCGGCCUUCAGUUUUCCACUCACCCCCAUCCCCCUUCGUACUCUUUUCGCAGCCGUGCUGCCUGGCUCGUUUCAGUUUUCGCUCUCAUCCGGUCUUUAGCACAUUCUCUUGAUUUCCGAGAAAUCCUUUCAUCGCCAUUAUGAAGUUCUCGACCUCCGUCUCUGCUCUCCUUGUCCUCCUUCCCCUCGUCGCCGACGUUCACGGUCUUUAUGUCCCCGCCGGAGGUCUCGCUGGUCGCGCCAAGACAGGCAAGGGUUUCGGUUUCGGUAAAGGCGGUUUCGGUAAGGGUGGUGCUGCCGGUGCCGCUGCUGCUGGUGCUGCGGCCGGUGCGGGUGCUGCCGCCGCCGGAAAUGCUGCUGCUGCAGGAACCGCUGCUGCAGGAACCGCCGCCGCCGCAGGAACCGCUGCUGCUGCCGGAAAUAACGCUGCUGCUGCUGCCGGAAACAAUGCUGCUGCUGCAGCUGGAAAUGCGGCCGGUGCUCAGGCUUCUUUCACGCUCGACCCCUCCAUCAUCCAGACCACCGAUAACGGUCAAAACCCCCCUGUCGCUGGCCAAGCUGCCGCCAUCCCCAACGUCAACAACUUCAUCAACAACUGUGUCGGCAAGACCAUCAAUAACGGUCAGCAGAUCACGGGUGGCGCAUGUCUCCCUGUGACCAUGGGUGAUGUCCCCUCGACUGCGAACAUGCCGUCGACCAAGUUCGUCUCUCCGGCGAACUUGGACACGAUCGCUGCUAACACGGCGUUCACGGUGACACUGGCAAUGAAGAACAUGAAGCUGGGCAGCUUCACCAACGCGCAGAAGACCUACUACGCGAACCCGCAAGCCCUGGACGCCAACGGCCAGAUCGUCGGCCACCAGCACGUCGUCAUUGAGGCGAUCCAGUCGCUCACGUCCACGACCCCGACCGACCCGACCAAGUUUGCGUUCUUUAAGGGUAUCGACGGCGGUGUUGACGGACAGGGACAAGUCUCCGUCGACGUCACCGCUGGCCUCGCACCCGGAACUUACCGCAUGGGCACCAUCCUCGGCGCGUCGACUCACCAGCCUGUGCUGAUGCCCGUUGCUCAGCACGGAAUCGUCGAUGAUGUUGUUUACUUCACGGUUACUGCUGGAGGUGCUGCCGCUGCUGGAGGUGCUGCUGCUGCCGGAGGUGCUGCUGCUGCUGGAAACAACGCUGGUGCCGGUGCUGCUGCCGGUGGCGCUGCUGCUGCUGCCGCCGCCGCUGCCGCUGCCGCCGCUGCAGGUAACGGUGCUGCAGGUGCUGCCGCUGCCACGAACACUGCCGCUGCCGCUGCUGCGACCACUGCUGCCGCCAACUCCAAGGCCGCCCAAGCCGCCGCAAAGGCCGCCGCAAAGCAAGCCCAAGCCGCCCAGAAGGCCCAGGCUGCGGCUGCUAAGGCCGCAGCGAAGGCAGCGAAAGCCGCCAAGAAGGGUGGCAAGUAGAGUAUUGAGCAUCGCUGGCUGCAAGAGACUUUGUAUACCUUUGUGUUUUUAGAGCCGGAUGAUGUACCAUGAGCCAUAAACUGAGCAAUGCUAUCGGGAUGGAUCCGUUCCUCUCUCUCUCUCUCUCUCUCU